AUGAGUUGAAACCAAACCCAUGGUGGGUAAUCUCUCAGUGAAUUGCAACAGUCUAAAACAGAGAAACAUCCGAGGUUAGACCUUGCCGCUUCUUCCUCCCGUCCAAGCCUUCACCAACUCUCUCUCUCUCUCUCUCAACCAUGUCUCUCUUUCAUACUCACUCCCCAAUUCUCUCUGCCUUUCUUUCUUUGAUUCUACAUCCUCCUCAAUUUCCAACCAGAGAGAGAAAGAGAAAAAGAAAAAGAAAACAAGCAUCAGAAACUCCUCCCUCAUGAUUGUCCAGCGAUGGAUGUCGCAGACGCAGUCAAUAAAACCUACAUCUGCUUCAAACAGAGGCCGACUAGAUCCAGAGGCAUCUUCUACGGCGAUAAUCCUUUCAGCUCUUCCAGCUCUGUUCUUCUUGCCCAGCUCUGUAUCUCUGCUGUUCUCACUUCCGCCUUACAGUCUCUCAUCACCCCUCUCGGUGAAACUUCCUUCGUUGCUCAGACCCUCGUUGGUUUGGCGUUAGGUCCAUGGGUUCUUGGGAAAGCAGCUGGUUCAGUUAGAGACCUCAUCUUCCCACUCGAUAGCGUCUAUGUCAGUGAAACAGCUUCCUACUUUGGGUUGACGUUCUUCCUAUUCCUCAUCGGAGUCAAAAUGGACGCAACUUCCCUGAGGAAACUCGAAAAGAGAGCCAUAGUUAUAGGAAUGUGCACCUUCUUCAUCCCUUUGGCGCUCAACCAUGCCUUGGCUGUCCUUCUACUUCACUCUGUCACCAUGGGCCCUGUUCUACACCAUUCACUAUUUUGGAUCGCAUCAUUUGAGUGCUUAAGCUCCUUCCACGUCAUCUCCUGCCUCCUUCAUGAUCUCAAGCUCCUCAAUUCUGAGCUAGGAAGACUAGCCAUUUCUGCAUCGAUGAUCAGUGGAACAUGCAGCUGGACAUGGUCAUUGAUCCUCUUCAUGAUCAGGCAAAGUUACAUCGCCAGAAGGAAUAUUCUUCCACAAAUGUGUGCGUUAGUCACCUGCUUGAUUGUUAUCAUUGUAUACAUCCUUCGGCCAAUACUGUUUUGGAUUGUUAGAAGAACAGGCGAAGAUAAAGCAAUCAAAGAGAUCUAUAUCUUCCUUGUCUUUGUCAUGGUUUUGGGGUGUUCACUGCUUGGAGAAUUGAUCGGGCAACAUUUUUUGUUAGGGCCAAUGAUUUUGGGGCUGGCGGUGCCAGCUGGACCUCCCUUGGGCACUGCCUUGGUUGCUAAGCUGGAUUCCUUUGUUUCGUCUAUGCUUUUGCCGAUCUACUUUGUUGUCACUGGCGCACAUCUUGAUUUCUCCUGUAUAAGUAUCAGGACCUUUGGAAUUGUUGAGCUGUUGGCCUUUUUUGGGUUUGUCUGGAAAGUAAUGGGAAUCAUGGUCCCUUCCCUCUACUACAAGAUGUCUGUCAAGGAUGCAGUGUCGUUAGGCCUCGUCAUGAGUACCCAAGGCAUCUCCGAGGUUCUAGUCAUAGGACGGGCAACACAUCUUGGGUACAUUGAUAAGGAAUCAUACACUCUCGUGUUCAUGUCAAUGCUAAUCAUCUCUGCUGCCACCACACCAAUAGUGAAAGUCCUCUACAAGCCAUCCAAGAAAUACAUUGCCCACAAGAGGAGGACGAUCCAACACACCAAACCAGGUGCCGAACUCAGACUCCUCGCGUGCAUCUACCACGAAGACCACACCCCUUCCAUCAUCAAUCUCCUCGAGGCCUCCAACCCAACCCCCAAGAGCCCGGUUUUCUUCUACCCUGUCCACCUCAUUGAGCUUGCAGGUCGAUCUGCCCCACUCCUGGUGGCUCACCAACUUGGAAAAAGGCCCGCGUUUAACUCCCACGAUUCAGACCGCAUAGUCAACGCUUUCAGAUUAUACGAGCAGCACAACCAGGGAACAGUGAUAGUGAACCCUUUCACAGCCAUUUCGCCUUUUGAAACAAUGCACAACGAGGUUUGUGCACUUGCUCUAGAUAAGAAGGUUUCCAUGGUGAUACUGCCGUUUCAUAAGUUUGGGGGGAUGGAGGAAGCUGAAGUGUCCGCCAACGCUGCCAGAUCGUUGAAUCGAAACAUCCUAAGAAUGGCCCCGUGCUCUGUUGGGAUUUUAGUUGACCGGGGCACCUUGGGCAGAAGCUCCCAUAAUGGGACGAGCAGGACUUCGUAUAGCAUCAGCGUGAUCUUCUUGGGCGGUCAGGAUGAUAGGGAGGCACUGGCGUAUUCUAAUAGAAUGGCGAAGCAUCCAAACGUAGCCAUCUCUGUUGUCCGCUUGGUUGAAUACUCCAUCAAUAAGUUCAAGAUUACCAACGACAUGGAGCGCGACAUCGAGUUGAUCAAUGAGUUCAGGAUCUCCAACGCAAGGAGCGAGUGUUGCAAUUACAAGGAGGAGGUGGUGAGUGAUACCGUGGAGGUGGUGAGCGUGGUGAGGGCGAUGGAGAAUUCGUUCGACCUAAUUCUGGUGGGAAGACGACAUGAGAGUCAUUCAGCGUUGUUGCACGGGCUGCAGGAAUGGAAUGAGUUUCCGGAGCUGGGGUUUUUCGGAGACAUGCUGUCGUCAUCCGAUUCGAAUUGCAGAGUGUCGGUGCUGGUGGUGCAACAGGGGAAUGUGGGCGGAGAAACAAUGAUCGAAAGCCCGAAAUGUGCUGUUUUGGAUGUAUCUUCUUAUGACAAUGGGAAAGUGUGGCCAACUAAUUCCAACUGGUCUAAUGGAUGAUAGGGCAAAGGAAUUUGCAGCAAGCUAGCAGAAGAUACUUUUUAGUUUCCCAAGUCCUCUUAUGUACACUUGUGAGACUUGGUCACAAAAGAAGUUGUAGGAAAUGAAGCUUUUUACCCCCAGAAUUGUGAUCACUUCUGUUCAAUUCUGCAAUCUUUCCUCUCCAGAAUAGAGAGGAAGGAAU